UCGACUCAGCGUGUAAAUAACAUAGUCUAGUAAUGACUUUCGUUUAGGGUGCCUCUUUGCCCUCACUUAGUAUCACAACACCGCAACCCGUGCGACCCACCGCAAGCCAUGUCUUUGAAGGUUCUAGUAUUCAAAAAAUACAUAAACAUGCAUUGCGCAACACUCUUAAAGAACUUCAAGAGGAAGAAGUAGAUAAAUAUGUAAUAAAUUUAAGUUUAAAAAAAAAAGUGGAAUUGUUAUCCGUUAGCUAAAUACAUAAUAUAGAAUAGUUGAAUUGUUUCUGUUAAAUGCAAAUAGUAUACGUUUUGUGUUGAUAUUUAUUGUUUCGUGAAGUUGUCUCCCCUCAACAAUGGUGUAAUGAUUUCGAUGGUUACAGUAAACGGACAAUAGUGGUGUUUAUAAGUUUUAAUGUAAUGUAAAUAAAAAAUAUUGUUCAUACGCGCAUGCGUUCAUCUCGAAAACAGACAAAGGUUUUGUGUGUGGUUUUGAAAAUCAGCUGUAUUUUAUGUGCAAUGAGUUAGCGAAUCAAAAAGUGUUCAAAAGUUACAAUGUUUAGUGAAAUUGGAUACAUUACAUUUCUUCUACUUGCUUUACCAUACAUUGAAAGUGCAUCUCGCGUUCGUCUUAACGAAUACAUCGAGCACUUCGAAACGCUAGACUACGAUCCAGAUGAUUUGCAUCAUCAACACUUGCGAGCUCGACGCUCCACGGAUUCUCAACGAGAACUGCGACUCGACUUCAAAGCGCACGACAGGAAAUUCAAGUUGCGUUUGCGACGAGACUUGUCCGCUUUCAGCGAUGACUUUAAGGUGGAAGGCUCACAAGGACAAACACACGAAGUUGACUCAUCGCACAUUUACAGCGGAAAACUUGCUGGCGACCCAGACUCGACUGUUUUCGGAUCGGUGACGGAAGGUGUCUUCGAGGGGAAGAUAAUCGCCAAAGACGGUUCUUACUACGUGGAACACGCAAGAAGAUACUUCCCACCUAACAACACGAAGACACGAGGCCACUCAGUUAUUUACAAAGAUAGUGACGUCAUUGAUCCGUUUGCUAACAAAAGGCACGGUCACGUCGGCGGAUGCGGUAUAACCGAUGAAGUGGUCCAAUGGAUGGAACGCAUUCAGAACUCUGGAGUUGACGAUGAAUCUCCCACGUCGCCGGCAUCUUCACAGUCCACGCCUACUGUCGCAACUCCACCACACACUCACACCUCCGGCUCGCCCUCGCCUCAUCCCAAUAGCUUAAGAGAUGAUAUGCCAAGACAUUGGGAUUCACAUUUUCACAAUAAAUAUUCGCGGUCCGCGAACACGGGCGAGCACGCGCGUUCGCGUCGGGCAGCGCCCUACGACAACCGCAACACGUGCUCGCUGUUCAUACAAACUGAUCCCUUAAUAUGGAAGCAUAUUCGUGAGGGAUUUCCAGACCAUAAUGUGCCAAGUAAAAAGAACGAAGUCGACACGAAGACUCGGGAAGAGAUCCUGUCUCUCAUAUCGCAUCACGUGACCGCCGUCAACUACAUCUACGGCAGGGCCAAGUUCGACGGCAGAUUCGACCACAGGGACAUCAAGUUUGAAGUGCAGAGAAUAAAGAUCGACGACAACUCACUGUGUAACAAUCGUUAUCCGAACGAAAUGAAUCAGUUCUGUUUAACGAACGUUGACGUUUCGAAUUUCCUGAAUCUCCACUCGCUCGGCAACCACGAGGACUUCUGUCUGGCCUACGUGUUCACGUACAGAGACUUCACCGGGGGGACCCUAGGUCUGGCGUGGGUGGCGAGCGCGAGCGGCGCGUCGGGCGGCAUCUGCGAGAAGUACAAGACGUACACGGAGACGAUCGGCGGCAUGUACCAGAGCACCAAGCGCUCGCUCAACACGGGCAUCAUCACGUUCGUCAACUACAACAGCAGAGUGCCGCCCAAGGUCAGUCAGCUCACGCUGGCGCACGAGAUCGGGCACAACUUCGGCUCGCCGCACGACUACCCCUCGGAGUGCCGGCCGGGGGGCCAGCAGGGCAACUAUAUAAUGUUCGCGUCGGCGACGUCCGGCGACCGGCCCAACAACAGCCGGUUCUCGUCGUGCAGCACCGGCAACAUCAGCGCCGUGCUGGACGCCGUCAGGGACGGGCGCAAGCGGAACUGCCUCACCGCCAGCGCCGGCGCCUUCUGCGGGAACAAGAUCGUGGAGCACGGCGAGGAGUGCGACUGCGGCUACGACGACAUCGAGUGCACGGACCGGUGCUGCUACCCGCGCCAGGUCGGCGCCUACGACCGCGAGAGGAACGUCACCGCCAAGGGCUGCACCAGACGCGCCGACACAGAGUGCAGUCCGUCCCAGGGUCCGUGCUGCAACGCGCAGACGUGCCGGUUCGUGGUGGCGGCGCGCAACCAGACGUGUCGCGAGGCGGCCGAGUGCAGCCACGCGGCCGUCUGCUCCGGGGACUCCGCCGACUGCCCCGAGCCCAGUGCCAUGCCCAAUCACACCAAAUGUAACAACGGCACGCAACUGUGCAAGGACGGCGAGUGCAGCGAGUCGAUAUGUCGCGCGUGGAACAUGUCGGUGUGCUACCUGUCGGCCAGCGCGGCCCGCGGCGCCGGCGUCACGGCGCAGCCCAACCGCCGCGCGCUGUGCCAGCUCGCGUGCCAGCAGGGCUCCGACCCCGACUCGUGCCGCAGCACCGCGGACUUCGCCAGCGAGGUCGGCCUGCCCACCGGCGGGAUCAGCCUCCUGCCCGGCUCGCCCUGCGACAACUUCCAGGGAUACUGCGACGUGUUCCUGAAGUGCCGCGCCGUGGACGCUGAGGGUCCGCUGGUGCGGCUUAAGAACCUCCUGCUGAACCGCGCCACGCUGCAGUCGGUGCAGGCCUGGGUCACGGAGAUGUGGUGGGCGGUGCUGCUGGCCGGCGUGGCGCUCGUCGUGUGCAUGGGAGCAUUCGUCAAGUGCUGUGCCGUGCAUACGCCCUCAUCGAAUCCGAAACGGCCGCCAGCCAGACGGCUGUCGGAGACGCUGCGUGGCCCCAUGAACACGCUACGGCGCAUGCGCGGACCACGCGGGACUCCCGCUCGGCACCCGCAACGCCGCGCCCGCACGCACAAGGGCUACGCGCCGCCACACACGUACGCGCAUCGAGACCUGCCGACGGCGCCGGCUGGACCCAGCGGGCGGCGGGGCGAGCCGUACGCCAACGCGUACCCCGCGGCGUACGAGAUGCGGCCCGUGCACAAGGUCUGACAGUACGAGUACUGCGGGCCCGAGCUGCUGGUGCUCGGCUACGUGUACCGCACCUGAGCCGACACCGCAUCCGAUGCAGCGGGCCUCCUCACGAGCAAAACCGUCUUUGUAAAGCAAUAUUUUAGUUCUCUUCGAUGUUCCGUAACUACGGGUAGGGCGACCGCCUAUAUCGGCGAACAACCUUGCGGUUCGAAAAGCUGAAUGAGACUGACCUCGUGUCUCAAUGUUGUGAUGACCCGUACGUACGCAUUAUGCAAUAGCAGUCGGUCAAUGUACGAUAUGUUUAAUGUUAAUUUUUUACUGGUGGUAGGACCUCUUGAGAGUCCACGCGGGUAGGUACCACCACCCUGCUUAUUUCUGCCGUGAAGCAGUAAUGCGUUUCGGUUUGAAGGGUGGGGCAGCCGUUGUAACUAUACUUGAGACCUUUCGAACUUAUAUCUCAAGGUGGGUGGCGCAUUUACGUUGUAGACGUCUAUGGGCUCCAGUAACCACUUAACACCAUUUGGGCUGUGAGCUCGUCCACACAUCUAAGCAAUAAAAAAAAAACGUUCUCGAAUUUUCCUCGAAUAGCAUUACAGAUGACGGUUCUUCGAUUCGAGUUCGAUUACGUUCCGGCGACAAACGUUUCUUUCUUAAUCUAUAUAAAGAGAAAAUUGUUUGCUCAAUACGGAUUAUAGAUAUCGAUCCAUGUUCCGCUGAGCUUAGCUGCUGACGUGCGACACACAAAACACGGACGGACACUUGAAAUUAUUUUUAUACGAUGAAAAGGAACUCACGUACGACAACUGGCGGAUCGCACGAUGCUCCAACUUUGAGCACCGGCUGGUCCGUAAAACUAAAAAACAGUAUUGCCAAAUGAUCAAAUAUUGAUUAGACUGAUGAACUUCCAGCAUUUAACGUUAUUAUUUUUGAAAGUGCGCGUUCGAUGCGUUACAAAGCUCAAAAAGACGUGCACGACUCGUGUUACCUUUACGAUAAUAAAUUUGCAUAUCACAUUCGACUAUAUUUUGUAAUAAAGCCGCCGAUUUAUUUUUUCAUAACAUUUGAAUUGAUCUCUUUAAUAGUUCGAGAAUGUGUUUAUGGAUCUUGUAUAGAAAUACUCUUUCCGUCGUGCAAGCCAAAGAGCAUGAUGUAUUUUAUAUAAUUUCUAUACAUUUUUAAUUAUAAGAAAACUGUCUUUAAGUAUACCGUAUUAAUGCCAUUUUAUUAGAAGCUCGAAAUAUGCAAGUUCUUGUAAUUGUACAUAACACUGUAUAUUUGUAUUGUAAGAUAAAACGCGAAACGUUUCUGUCGUAAAAUGACCUGACCAAUCGUAUAUGUGGAUAAAGUUCCAUCAGUAUAUAAAGUAGUACUAUACUCAAUGGCAUUAUUUCUCCUUAGUUAUAAGCAUUCUAUAAGUAUUCUAACUUCACUAGGAUAUCUAAAUAACAAUGUGAAUAUUUUUAAUCGAUAAAAUCUGUGUAUACUACUUGAAUAAAUAUUUCAAAACAUUCAUGAAGAAAGCCUUAGUGUGGCUGUUAAUUAUAUUUUAUAGAUAAUUUCUUUCUUAUUCAAAAUCUGUCAUAAAAAAAAAUUUCUUUCUUUGUAAUUAAUAUUAUAACUGGAGACAAUUUUCAAGAUUCAAAAUGUUGGUAUUGCCAGAUAAUUAAAAAACAAAUGUUUACAACUAAGGUACAUAUAUUUAAGGGUUUUGAAAGAUUUGAAUUGCAAUACUCGUGAUGCUAAACAAUAAUUAAAACAUUUUAUCUCUUUGUGUCGAUAAAUCGGUGUUCUUUACUUUAUGAAAUAUCUUGUAGUUAGUAAAUUUAGAUAUAAAAAAAUUAUCGGUUUUGCUAGUGUUAUCCUUCACUUUAUUUCUUUAACUUUAGAAAUAAACUAAAUUUAAGCAGCAAACAAUUAUUAUUUAAUAAUAUUGAUUUGUUUUACACUAAGUAACUUGAAUUGCUUUAAAAGUUUUAUUGUUCGAUAUAAAUUUCAAAUCGAUCUUUGUCAUAGAACAGUCAUUGUUUGGGCCAUAAAAAAAUUGUUUAGGAAAUAACCUCAAUGUACAAUGAAACUGAAAAAGUAGGAUUUCAUUUUUAUUUGUUUGAAUGCUUUAGGAUAUGAAUUCAGUUCCAACCCUGUUAUUGUGUACAAUGACUGAAGCAAUAAUUGUAUAGAGUUUAUCUAGUAGUAUACAUAGAAUAAAUUGUUUUGAAUUAAACAAAAUGAAUGUUACAACGUGAUUUCAAUAUAACAUGAAAAAAAAACAAUAAAUUUUACAUUAAA